AUGGAUGGAUUAGUGCAGUCGGUAGUGUACGACACGUCGUCUCCAGCAAACAUUUAUUCUGCAACGGUAAUGCAAAAGGUCGACGGCGACCAAAAGAUUGUUAUGAUUGCAUCAAAAAAAGACAUGAUCACUCUGGAGUCGAAGAUAAUAGACGAUAAGGUCGAAACUUCUAUCGUGGAACUCAAUUUUUCAAAUAUUCCAAGUAAUGCAGAGAUUAUUUCUAUACACUGCAUAAACAGAUGUAAGGAGUUUGAUGAUUUCGUUUUCGGAAUAACAUAUGCAUUGAUUGUAGAAGAUGAAGAGCCUGAAACGGCUGAAACAUACUUAAACAUAUACUCAGGAUUUCCUGGCUCCUCAUUAGAGGCUAUAAUGGAAAAUUGUAAAACACUUAAAUUGGAUUUUGUUCCAUUUCAAUUGAACCAUGCCAUUUAUAUGUCAGAAUUGCAAAAAAAUGGCAUGUGGUUGUUAUCAGGAAGUGAUAAAAAAAUACACGCUUAUAAGAUUGAAGAACAAGAAAUUCUUGAACAAAAAGUUGAAGAAUAUUUUAUUGAAUUUGAAGAUACAAAAGACUCCAUUGUUCUGUGUUUUGGUACCAAAUCAUUAAGCGACUACAAAAAAAGAUUAUCGUAUUAUGGAUGUGAAACAGGAUAUUCAAUGUUAGCAAUAGUAGAUUCAGGGAAAAAUCAGAUACUACAUUGCUUUUUAGAACGUUAUGAGUCGCCAAUAACAGUCAUGCAAUUGUUCAACAUACAUAAAAAAACCGUUGACAUUGACAACAUUCUCUCAGCAGUCAAAGAUGAUUUCAUACCAGAUUGCGACACUGUAGAUGAAAAGGAACAAGUCUGUUUACUAGUAGGGAGUGCAGUUGAAAGUGCUGUUGUAUAUAUGAAUGUGUUGAAAAACGAUUUAAGAAAUGCAAUUACAUUGACCGAUAGCAAUAGACACCAAGCUAUUGUGUGCGCUUUAAUCACAGAUGUAAAUUUUGAUUCCAAGAACGAAAUACUACUUGGGACUUAUGGAAAUUAUAUUUUAAAUUAUGUCUACGAAAAUAACAAUUGGGUGGAACAACAACAAUUUGAUAUGAGAGACUCAGUAUAUACAAUUUGUUAUUUAGAUAUAGCUGGUGAAGGAGUGAAUGAUGUAGUUGUAAUGAGUGAAAGAGGAAUACAUAUUUUAAAACAUGAACCUAGGCAUGUAGUUGAAGUACUAAAAAAUCGUUUAAAACUAUAG